AUGGUUGAUGGACCACAUUGGAAGGAAAUUGAUUGGGUUUUAAUUCCAAUCAACAUACCGCAACUGCAUUGGUAUUUGGCUGAUUUGGAUCUCCUGACAUGGAAAAAAUCUACUGAGGUGAAAUUCGUUAAAGCUAAACAUGUGCCGCAGCAGGAACAAGUAGAAGAAGGAGAAAGAGGAGAUUGUGGAGUUUUUGUUUGCAUGUUCAUGGAAAUGCUUGCAUCGGGUGUACCAGUGGAGACACGUCAAUCACCUAGAGAUACGGGAUUUACUUACCGUAAUCGGAUGGCAGAAAUUAUUUGGAAUAGUAGAAUUUGA